UUUUUAUUCACUUGCAAACACGCCAGGUGCCGGGGGAGCUGCAGGCAGCACUUGCACUGCAUGCAGGGGGAGACGUGAGAACAGCUGCCGCCUGUCCCAGCGACAAUUUUCAGUCACUUUUUCGGGCCGGCAUAAACUUCAGCUGGGGAUGUGUGUUGGUGAGUGGCUGAGAGCUGCUGCUGCUUACAUGUCUGUGCUCUUCCUCCUCCCUCUGUCUCUAGGCCGGGAGGUGAAUGUACAGAUCAGUGGGCCAGGCCAGCGGUGCCAGGCUGCUCCAGUAGGGCAUGCACAGGGGGGCACAGAAGGAAAGGUGACCCAGCGAGGAAAUCCAUGGUAGUCAGCCGUGCCAUGCACAGUGAUGGCUCUCUCCUCGCUCCCCAAACUUGCCGAGUGCAAGGGGAAAGUGCGAUCUGAGAGAAGGCAUGGGGGGUGUAUGGAAAUCAUCGCCACUGCCUCCAUCUGUUGUCUCCAGUCCUGUGCGUGUCACCUUCUUGCCGAGUGCUGGGCUCAGAGAUGGAUGUAGUAGUGGGUGUGGGAUGCAGGCUUGGAUGUGGUGUCAUUUAAAGGAGGGGGGGUCUGUUUGGGAUUAUAUGAUGCCUCUGCUGCCAUGUUUAACUUGCGGCCCUCCGGUUGUUACUGAACAACAUCUUCCUUAGCAGGGGAGAUUUGAGAGUUACAGUUCAUAUAGAGGGCCACAGGUUGAACUUCGCUGCGUGCCCCCCAAGAGUUGGGGUUGAGGGGUGGGUGAUGUUUAAUAGCGGGGUGCAGCGGUAGGAAGGCCUUGCCCUUUAAAGUUCUGUUUAAGAGGUACGCGCUGAAAUGACGCCGGCACGAUGACAGAAAACUUGUAGUCGGUGCCCCCUGCCAUCCACUGGGCCCCUAAACUCUCGGGUCCCAGCAAGUCACACGGGGGCAGAUCGCAUGCAGAAUUAGAGGAACCAUCCUCUUGGCUUUCUCCUCCCUCCUGCAAUGCACUCCUAGGUGAGGGAGGCUCAAACUUGUCAUGACAGAGAGGAAGCCGAAAACACAGCGAAUUCGAAUGAAGGAGCCAUGGGGAAUGAGCCGAUCGGGGGUCACUCUCUGUAAUGGAGAGCAGAUCGGGUGUGCUGGCAGGAGGUCAUUGUCACAUGACAAAGAGAUCAAAAUAGAGUUACCAUUCUGUUCUUCCAUUUGCCUUUCUUGGUGUAUAGUCAUGAAAGGCAGUGUGAAAAAUAAGGACCAUUCUACUGACGGAGAAGGAGCUGGAAAACGACCAAAGAGAAAAUGCCUCCAAUGGCACCCACUGCUUGCAAACAAAAUUCUUGACUUUUCUGAAGAAGAUGAGGAAGAAGAGGAUGAAGAAGAUAUUGAUAAGGUCCAGCUUCUUGAUGGUGAUGGUCUAGAAAAUGAUGAAACAGAAGACAAUGAUUCUAGUGAACAAAGAGCACGGAGGCCAAUGAACGCUUUCCUCUUAUUUUGCAAACGUCAUCGUUCCCUAGUUCGUCAGGAACAUCCUCGUCUGGAUAAUCGUGGUGCUACAAAAAUACUGGCAGAUUGGUGGGCCUAUCUCGACCCUAAUGAGAAGCAGAAGUACACAGAUAUGGCUAAAGAGUACAAAGAUGCAUUUAUGAAAGCAAAUCCUGGUUACAAGUGGUGUCCUACAACUAAUAAACCCGUCAAAGCUCAUUCACCUACUGUAACUACCAGGAAAAAACUGUGGUCCUUUAGCUCAGAAACUGUCAAAGAUGUUCCAAGCCCCAAGAAAGUCCCACAAGAAGAUGAAAUGCCACAGCUUAAUUUUAGUAUUGCAGAUCCCACACAAAUGGGAGGACUGAGUAUGCUGCUUCUUGCUGGUGAACAUGCCUUGACUGCACACGGGGAUCAUGCUGUGACUGAAAGAGUGGAACAUUUAUUAAGUGAUCAUGAGGUUUCUUCAGGUAUUUGUCCUUUAACUGAAUCAGGGUUUCCCCAGGAAAAUAGAGACACUUCAUUAUUUCAGUUUGAUGAGAUAUCUUCCAGCACAUCACAUUCAGAUGACCCAGCACCUGCUGAACAAAGCGAGAAGUCAACACUGUUUCAGUUUGCCGAGAUAUCUUCAGAUACUUCACAGACACAGAUUAAUUGUGUGGAUCCUGCAAAAUGCUGUGGGAACUCUUCCCUUUUCCAAUUAGCAGAGAUAUCUUCAAGUUCAUCCCAUUCUGAUUCAUCUGCAUCAGCAAAGCAGUGUGGAACAUCAGCAUUGUUUCAGCUUGCAGAGAUGUGCGAGGCUUCUGAAGCUGUCAAAAUAGAAAUAUCCAGGAAUGUAGAUACAGACGAUUUGGUAAGAACGCCUGUGUCCAUAAAGGAAGAAAUAGAAAGCUCAUCAGAGGACCUGAUUUCUAGAAACCUCAAUGAUAGUUCACAUAUCUGUGAGAAAGCAGAAACUAAUAACAUUAAAACUAAAAAGCACAAAGCACACACCCUAGAACCUAUAGAUGCUGAACUUUUAGGACUUCUGAAACGGGAAAAAUUAAAAAAGAAGAAGAAGAAAAACAAAUCAGACCAUGAUGCUGCAGAGAAGGCAUCCCCAAAGAAAACCUGUAAAAAAAGGCAAUCAUCGGAGUCUGAUAUUGAAAGUGUCAUGUACACUAUAGAAGCUGUCGCAAAAGGUGAUUGGGGCAUUGAGCAAAUUCCCAUUUCUCCAAGCAAGAAGGCACGCAUUUCUACUAGCCCCAAACACAGCAUUUUUGACUUAAAGUCAGCAAAGAAAAAAGUUAAAUCAAAAGAAAAAAAAAUGCAGAAAGAUAAGCCCUCAGACAGUACCAAAGAGCUGUCAGCGCCAGAACACAUAAUUACUGCACCAAUCAUCGAUUUACCUUCCGAGACUCCUGAAAGUGUCAAAUCAGAGCCACCUUCUCCCACUGAGGAGCUGCCUCCCAUGUGCUUGCCAGAAAUGCUUAAAACUGAGGACUUUAACAGCAAUAAAAAGACAGAAACUUGUGGUUCAAGGAAAUCAGAACGGUCUUGUAAAGGAGCUCUUUAUAAGACACUGGUGUCUGAAGGCAUGCUGACAUCACUGCGGGCCAAUGUUGACAGAGGUAAAAGAAACUCAGGAAAGGGCUGCUUAUCAGACCAUGAAGGAUGCUGGAAUGAAGACAGCUGGGCAUUCAAUCAAACUGGAACCACUGGGAGUAAAAAGCUGAAAAAAACUAAACCAAAGGAAGAGUCGACACUUGGAUUAGCAAAGCUGGAAGAAGAGUUUGAAAAGAAGUUUAACAGCCUUCCUCAGUACAGCCCUGUUACAUUUGAUCGCAAAAAUGCAUCACUUCCAAGGAAGAAGAAAAAGACUGGAAAUGGUAUAGCUGAGCCACAAAAAGCCAAUAAAGGUGUAUUCCAGCCUCAGAAAAAGACCUUUUUUCACAAAAUUGUAAACAAGUACAAGCACAAAAAAGACAAACAAAUUAUUUCGGAUAAAGCCAUAGCAGAAGAAAAAAACAACAGGGAGAACUCACCCAGAGCCAAUAAUUUUGUAUCAGCUUCCAGCAUUCCAGAAUUUACAGCCAUACAGGAGCCUCUGGUAGGAAGCCAAAAAAGGAAAGCAAGAAAAACAAAGAUAACCCACCUUGUUAGAUCUAUGGAUGGUCAGACAUCAUUAAAAGGACAGAUUUCAGAUGAAAAACCACUGUCUAGUAUUUGUGAAGAAGAGGGGUCCUGCAGAGGUGAACUCUUAAUCUCUAGAGAAACUGAAGUGGAACAGAAUAAUAGUAUUGCCCAAGACAUGCCUGCUGUGUCUGCAUUUUUCAGUCUUGCUGCUCUGGCCGAGGUAGCUGCAAUGGAAAACGCUCACAGAAGUCCAAGAGGAUCUCUUUCCCGAGAUGGACAGAAGAAAGAAAUGUCCCAGGCAGCUGUGCUGAUUUCAUGUGCUGACCAGUAAAGCUUUAGUUUACUGUAAAAUGUUGCUCUAUAGUCUGUUCUAAACCCUGCCUUUGAAAGGCAAAUGUUAUCCAUGAGAUGGAAGACAUGACUGCGAGACAAGAGUUAAGAAUUCUAAGGACCUUGAUUCCACUUGAAGCCACUGAGCUAUUCUUGACACGUGAUUGCCCCAAAAAUGGAAUGAUCAACUUUGCAUUCUGUUGCGGCUAGAAAAUGGAAUGUGUCAGUGAAGUAAAAGAUGCUGUUUUGUAAUGCAUCUCACUCCAGAAUUUCUCUGAAUCAGAACGUGAUACUAGUUUCAUAUAUUACCAACUUAUUAAAAAACAAAAAGAAAAAAAACAUAUAUAUAUAUAUAUAUAUAGAAAAACACAGAUGCACUGCACUAGUUAAUAGAGAUUUUCAGUCAUUUUGUACAUGAAGAUUUAAGUUCGAAAUGGUUUAUAUGAUAGUUUAUGCUUACAUUUAUAUUGUAGACUCAGUUUUAAAACAUUUUCCAGGAAGCCCUUACUAGCUUGCUAAGAUGUACCAUUGUUAACGGUUGUUGUGUGCCUAUUUUCAAGUUUUUUUUUUCCUUCUGUUCUCAUUCAGUACACUUGCUUCAUAUCUGUGCGCUUUCAAUAAUUAGCCACCAGACCUCAAAAUAACAUUUGGUGAGCGGUUGCAUAAGCUCCUGUUUGCUGAGCUAUUGCAGUUUUUUUUUUUUUUUUGCAGCACAUUCAGUCACAUAAUGUUACAGGCAAAGUAAGAGCAUCCCAUAAUUCCUGUCUCACAGCUUUGGAAAUAUCAAUAGAUACUCUUAUCUGAAACUAAUCUUGUUUUAAAUAAUCAGUUUAAUGCCUUAAAAGACUGAAUCUUGAGGUGCCAUGUCUGUGUGGUCUUACCCUUGCACUGGUCAGUACAUGGCAGAGAUGGUUUAUUGUUUGUAUUGACCUGUUUAAAAGCCAACAGAGGUGGUACCUACAUGGACAACAACAUGCCAGACAGGGCUAUUGAUGUUGCCUAAACAUAGAACAUUCAGUGAAAAUAUUCAGUGUUAUGCCAAUCCUCUAUUUACAGUGAAGCAGUAAUGGCACUGUACUUUCAGAUGAAUCAGGAUUAAUCUUCUACAGGGAUAGCUUAUUCCAUACACAAACCAUUAUUAACUAUGCACUAAUGCUGAGUUGAAAUGCUAAUGCAAAUAAGAAAGGAAGAGGAGAAUAAUAUUCCUUUCUGAUUUAACACAAUGUUUUAACUCUAAAUUUGCAUUCUCAGCUGAUGGUUACAUGGUAGAAAAUGUAACAAUUUAUAAAGUGAAUACAUGCAAUAACACUACUCUGUACUAGUGUGUCUGAACCUCAAAAUAUGCAGUGUAACAAUGACAAGUGAUGCCAUUUGUUUUGUUUGUAUGUGUUGGUAAAAUUCUGUAACAAAAUUUCUAUUUAUCCACCCAAACUAGAAAAGAAAAGGGCAACUGAGUGUGUUGCUUGGGCUUGGCCUGAUGCAUGUUGAAAACAUCAGUAGAAACAGAAUGUAUGAUUUACCACUGGAUAUUUCCCAAACAUGGUCAUUAUCACCAUGGUGACUUAUUUAUUAAAUGCUGUGGGAAUGUUUAUAGUACAUUCUCUAUCUAGAGAUAAUUAUUGCUGUUAUGAAUAAUCCACUUCAGUCUUUAACAUUGUCUUAAAUCAGUGGUGCCCAACACAGAUGUCUAGCUCUUAGGGCAGUGAUCCACAACCAAUAACUCAUGAGCAACACAUUGCUCACGACCCCCUUUCAUGUUGCUCCCAGUGGCCUCAAAGUAGUUGCCCAUUUUUAAAUUUUAGAAGCACAGAGACACAGUUUUACUCUGAGCAAGGUAGCAGUCCACAUGGGGCUACCAAAUAGGCAAUUACAGUCCUUAUUUGACAUCCCCAAAAAACUUUUAUCAUGCUUGUGUGGCUCACCAACACAUUUUACCUCUGAGUGUGGCUCAAAGUAACAAAAGGUUGGAGAUCCCUGUCUUAGGAACUACAACACCCAGUAUUCUGCAACACCCUUUAAUUAGUGGAAAAUGUUGACAGUAACAAAUCACAGCAGCAGGUAUUGGGAGUCACCACUGCCUUAAAGAAAGGUAUGAAACUCACAUCAAUCCAGUUCAAAUGAAAAUUCUUAGCAGAAACAUCUAAAGGGUGAUAAGAGUUGUGGUUUCUAUUAUCCGAAGGGGUGUUCAUUUACCAUCCCAGAUUUAGAGCAAUAAUAGCUCUGAUCCAAAUGUAAAAACUUAAGACUAAUAAUAAUUCAAACACUGGACUUUAGCCACAAUUCUCCUCUGAUUUUGCUUAAUCAAGGUCAUUUAUAAAAUAAAAAAAAGGGUAAAGCAACAGUAAUAUAGGUAUGGGACUUGUUAUCUUGGGAUCUGGGGUUUUUCUAUAAUUUGGUGCUUAAUGCCUUAAAACUACAAAAACAUUUAAACAUAAAAAAAAAUUUUGUUUGCCUUUAAUAGAGAUUUAUUCUGUCAUAGUUAUCAAGCACUGUCAUUAUUACAGAGAAAAAGCAUAUCUGUAAAGAAUUAUGAACUGCCUAUUCAAAUCAGACUCAAUGGAAAAUGGCAAUGCUAUAUUUCCAAAGUUUUCUGAAUGACAUAAUCCCAUACCUGUACCCCAUUUAUCUUAAAUGUGAGUGAGACUGCAAUCUCAGUUUGGGGAAGAAGCACUUGCAGAAUAUUAGUAUAAAUGUUAUAAUCAGCUAAAAUCCAAAUAUAUCUUAGUUUACAGCCCUAGUGUAGCCAUGCACCUUAACAAUGGUACAAAUGCAUUCCUAUAGAUAAUCCCCUUAAAUAUAUCUAUUUUUGUCUGAUUGCCCCGUUGCAUUUCAAUAUUGUUCCUAGCUAUUUCUGUAUGACUAUGGUACCUUUUUAAAAGAAAAGAGAAUAAUUCCUUAUUUUGUAUGUGAAUGAAUUAUUUACUUGAUCUGUUUUCCUAAAACUCUAUUGUUUUCACUAGAGUAGAUGGGGUGGAGGGAUCAAUUUACUGGAUAUGACUGUUUUUUCUGAAACCGUUUUUGUAGAUAAUGCUUAAUUUUUAAGCUGCUAGGCAAUGAGUGUAGCCGGAUUCCUGCAAAGCUUUAGAUAGUGUCAGAGAUACUUGCCCAGGCUGGCUUUCAAUGAGUGAUCUUUACUAGUUACAUUUGCUAAUGCACUGAAUCUCCUAGGCGAGGCAUUGGUAUAAUCAGGUAAAAAAAACAAAUUAGCACAAGUUCCUAACAUUUCACUAUAACAGUUCCUGCUUUAUGUCUUUGUAUCAUUAGAAUACCUUUACCUAUUCUCAUUUUUUUGUAAGAGCAUACAACAAGAGUUGUGUGUUUGAAUCCCAAAAUUGCUGUACUGUUAACUGUAUAAUUUUCCUAGUGUUGUUAUCAAGAUUGCUUAUAACAAAAUGCCUCUUAGGAAGUUUUUGCACCUUAUGUAUCUUGAAAAAACCAAAAUACAUACACACAUCUACAUUGUGUUUGCCCAAGUUUCAUGGUUUUGUCAAACCUUACUAAUCUAGUUGAAAAAAAAAUAUACAGGAUACUUUUAUUUCAGCAUCUGUCUUUAAUUUCUGGAUUUGAACCUGUGAAUGAACUUCAGUGUGAAAAGGGUGUUUUUAGUAAGUUAUUGGAAACUAUAGGUGGCAGUGAAGAAACUAUAAAUUAUACAGUAUUCUGUCACCUUUCUGCCUAUAACUGAUUAUGGUUUUCCUUUUGUGUUGUAAAAUGAAGUUUUGCAUUUGUAUUUUGUGCCAUAUGAAAUGUUACUGUAUCAAAACAUAAACUAUGAUACUGUGGAUUGGUUGCGGCCGAUAUGAAGGAAUGGUAAUGCAAAAUCAGGUUCCUAUCCAAAAAAAAUAGAUUUUAUUCCAGUUAUGAGACCAAACUUGUUUAGUUUAUUUGCCACCUUUACGCCUUUUGUGUUUGACAGUAUAUUCAUCCCAAUGCUGUGCUUCAUAAUUGAGUUUAUAUUUAUUAAAUAACAGUAAACUAAUGUUUUAUACCGCUGUAA